AUGCAACGACAAGGCACCGUUCGGACAUGCUCUCGUGUUGUUGAUCGUGAGUUUUUUUUUCGCGGAAUUUUUUCAGAUAGCGUGAGAAAAUUGUGUAAUUUUUUCUAGAAAUUGUGUAAUUUUUCUAGAAUUCUGUAACAUUUUUUUUAAGUAUAACAAUUUUCUGUAAUUUUAGUAAGGGUAGGAAAAAGCGGUGUAUUUUACAACCUAAUUUUUUUCGCAUUUUUGAAACCUAACCGAAUAUCAGGAGUCCAACUAAAACCGACAAAAUUCAAAGGGAAUGUGGGAUAUUUAGAGAAAAAUAUUUUUGAUCUACACCGAGAGACAAUAUUUUCGAUUUCUGAGUUCAGAGGCGGCAUCAAAUAUAAUUUUAAAAAUCUUUUUUUAAAUUAUUCCCUCACCUUCUCCACAAAUUUAGUUUAAAAAUCAAUUUUCCAAUUCCAAAAUGCUCAAAUCCUCAAACAACAAGUUUGUUCUUUGAUCCGAUUCCGGAAACACGGCAUUUCCUCAAAACACCACUUUCGUGUUGUAUUUUUCCACCAAACACUAAAAAGAAGUGAGAAAAAAUGAAUGACUUGCUAAUUAGUAUUCUAACGAGAUGUUCAACUUUCGAAAAGGUCGUCUUUUUUUCAAAAACAACAACUCAAAAAGAAAAAAAAACUCAUUAACAAAACAAAAAUGCGCGUCAAAAACAGAUACAGUACCGACAAAAAAGAUACGAAAAUGUAUAUUUUUGAGCUCUUGUUGUCUGAAAAUGAUUUUACCGUCGAUAAAUUUUUGUUAGACAUUCAAAGUUGGUCCAGAAACUUAGAAAAAAAAUUUGGUUGGCAAGGCUCAACUUUGAGAUGUUCAAUCCCUGAUCUUCGAUUUUCAGAAAUAUUCGAAUUUUUGAAUUUUGAGUUUAACCCUGUAAAUUUUUUGAUUUAGUCGGUUUUAUUCAUUCUUUUGGUGUAGAAAUACUUGAGUAAGUCUAUUUCAAAUAAUUCGAAACCAUAAAUAUACUCUUUGAAGUUUAUAUGAAGUCAUAUCCGAUGUUCUAACUGGAGAGAUCCAAUGAUGAUAAAUCAUGCCAGAACUCAUUCUAAUCUUCAAUAUUGAUGUCAUUUUUUGACAAAAACACAAAUUCAGACUGUCCGAAAGCAUUUCCCACCAAUUUCCACCUAAAUUGAAGAAAAUUGAAUAGUUUUAUCAUGAUCUGUCUAUGGCCAGAUUUAUAUCAACGGCGGUUUACGUGAAAAACGUGGUUUGCCAAUUAUGGAAAUUAAUGUUUUCAUUGUUGAUUAAUAAGACAAUACACCUAGAACAAUUAUCCAAAGUUGUUCUAGAUUAUUUCGAUGACUUUGAUUCAGUUAUAGAUCGUCAAACUCAAAAAUUAUAUUUUUCAAUGAAAACCAAUGCAUUUUUCAUUGGUUUUUCGUUUGAUUGAUUUUGUCGUUCUGAAAAAGAUCGUGAGUCAUAUUUUUCAUCAAAAUAAGUUCUCGAUCUUGUAAAUAUAUGUCUUUAGAUGCAAAACACAAACUUUUCAACAUAUUGAAUCAUUUGGAGUACCACGUUUUUCACGUUAACCGCCGUUGAUAUAAAUCUGGCCAUAGACAGAUCAUGAUAAAACUAUUCAAUUUUCUUCAAUUUAGGUGGAAAUUGGUGGGAAAUGCUUUCGGACAGUCUGAAUUUGUGUUUUUGUCAAGAAAUGACAUCAAUAUUGAAGAUUAGAAUGAGUUCUGGCAUGAUUUAUCAUCAUUGGAUCUCUCCAGUUAGAACAUCGGAUAUGACUUCAUAUAAACUUCAAAGAGUAUAUUUAUGGUUUCGAAUUAUUUGAAAUAGACUUACUCAAGUAUUUCUACACCAAAAGAAUGAAUAAAACCGACUAAAUCAAAAAAUUUACAGGGUUAAACUCAAAAUUCAAAAAUUCGAAUAUUUCUGAAAAUCGAAGAUCAGGGAUUGAACAUCUCAAAGUUGAGCCUUGCCAACCAAAUUUUUUUUCUAAGUUUCUGGACCAACUUUGAAUGUCUAACAAAAAUUUAUCGACGGUAAAAUCAUUUUCAGACAACAAGAGCUCAAAAACAUACAUUUUCGUAUCUUUUUUGUCGGUACUGUAUAUAAACGAGAUUUGCAUAACAUUUUCAAGUGCAUUUUUCACGGGCCGCCGGCCUAUUAUAGUUAAUUGGGCGAUGUUGUUGUUAGCCGGAAGAAGAGUUCCCCCUCCUCUCCCGAAUGUAUACAUACUCUUUCUUUCGUGUAAUUGUGUUACGACUUCUGAUUUGUGAUGUUAUGUAUGUUCGAAAGUAGUUAGUUGUUGUUGUUGUUGUUUGGGGGAUUGGUGUAAAGAAUUUUUGGUGGAGAAAAAAUUGGGAAAAAAAAACAUAUUUUUGUUGUUGUUUGAUAAUGAUGUUUUGAAUUUCGAAAAAAAAAUCUUGAAAUUAAGAUUCGACGGAAGAAGGGAACUUAUAAAUUGUGCUGAUAGUUGUUCUGAAAAAAAAUUAUAGUUGGUGGGAAUUCUCAAAAGAUUGUGUAUUUCUAGAAAAUUGAAAAAUUAUUUUUCACUUUCAAAAAAGCUUUUGAAAGUUCAAAAACUGCUCUGUAAAAAUGCCAGCGGAUAUGAAUUCAGGCUUUAUUCAACCUUUAAAAUAAAUUAAUUUUUCAACAUUUUCAAACGUGUUUCCGGAAUGUUCAAAAAUAAACUUUCAUCACCAAAAAUCAAAAUAAUCACAUCAUUAUUUUUUUGCAGAUAAUCAAAAAAUCUCCUACAGUGCAUGUGGUUGGAUAGUAACGAUUCUGAGUUAUCUUCUAGUCUUAUUCACACUACCUCUCUCAAUCUUCUUCUGUAUCAAAGUUGUUCAAGAAUAUGAAAGAGCUGUGAUAUUUCGACUUGGUCGAUUGAAAAAAGGCGGCGCUCGUGGACCCGGUAUAUUUUUCAUUGUUCCCUGCAUCGAUUCUUUCAAGAAAAUUGAUUUACGUGUCGUCUCGUUUGAUGUUCCACCUCAGGAAAUUUUGUCGAAGGAUUCAGUGACAGUUGCUGUUGAUGCUGUUGUAUAUUUUCGAAUUUCUAAUGCUAUUGUUUCGGUGAGCAAUUUUUUUUGAAUAAAAAUUUCGAAAAUUAAAAAAAAAUUCAAAAUUUUUUUAGGUGAUCAAUGUUGAAGACGCGCCUCGCUCAACAAAAUUGUUGGCACAAACAACAUUGAGAAAUUUCCUGGGAACACGUACUUUAGCGGAAAUGCUUUCGUCACGAGAUGCGAUUUCCCAACAAAUGCAAAAUUCACUUGACGAAGGAACUGAUCCAUGGGGAGUUAAAGUUGAACGAGUCGAAAUCAAAGAUGUUCGAUUACCUUUGCAACUUCAACGUGCAAUGGCCGCUGAAGCUGAAGCUGCUAGAGCUGCUGGUGCGAAAAUUAUCGCUGCUGAAGGUGAACAACUUGCUUCGAGAGCUCUUGCUGAUGCUGCGGACAUUAUUGCUACUUCACCAUGUGCCAUACAAUUACGUUAUCUUCAAACGUUGAAUAGUAUCAGGUAAAAUUGUUAUUUCAAUUUAUUAAAAAACAUUUUUUUGCAGUUCGGAGAAGAACAACACAAUAAUAUUCCCCUUCCCAACUGAACUGAUAACCAAAUUUAUUCAAUCAGCUGCUGGAUGA